AUGUUCACGAUGCCUCGCGUGGAGGGAUUCAUGCCCCAUCCUGUGGGCACUCCUGCGCUUGCGCUCAGCGGGGCGGACUGGCGUCCCGCGAUCGCAGUGGCCGCCGCCGUGUUGCUGGCCCUCUUCGGGGGUGGCAGCUUCGAGGUGGUGGUUGCGAUCCUGGCGGUGGCGAGGACGGCCUGGGUGUACACACACCCAGGCAAGGUGGGCAAGGGCGGGCUCAAGGCGGGCAAGAUGGCGUCCUACCAGGCAGACGCCACCCAGGGCCCCAAGAGCUUCCCCCGCCACCCGUCCGGCAAGGGGGCCGUGGAUGCUGGCGGGCGCAGCCGGGAGCCCGGGCCACCGGCCCCAGUGUCGAUGGCGGCGCAGGUGCAGGCAGAGUCUCGGGAGAGUCGCCAGGCGGACGGGAGACGUCAUGCCAUUUGCCAGGGGUACGUCCGGACGAUCACGGAGCACGCCAAGAACAAGCGAUGUGGCGAGGCCUUGGAGCUUCUGGACGACAUGCGGCGGCGCUCGGUCCCCCCGAACACGAGCGUGUACACGGCCCUGAUCAGCGCAUGCGACAAGGGCAAGCAGCAAGAGAGGGCGAUGGAGCUGUUCGACGAGAUGAAGGCGCAGCAGUGUACCCCGAACGCUGUCACUUACAACGCACUCAUCAGCGCCUGCGGGCGGGGCAGCCACCCUGAGAGGGCGCUCGAGGUCUGGGAGGAGAUGCGGUCGAACGGUCUGACCCCGACCGUGGUGACCUACACCUCGCUAAUCGGUGCCAUGGGUCAGAGCCAGCAUCCCGAGAAGGCGUGGGAGUUCUACGAGGCCAUGAAGGCGAGCCAGAUCGAGCCCAACUACAUCACCUUCGGCAAGCUCUUGCACGCGUGCUCCCGGAGCCAGAGCGUGGACAAGGCCGACAUGGCCCUGGGCCUCUACAAGGACAUGGGGGAGCGCGGCAUCCAGGCGGACUCGUACACGUUCGGCGCCCUGAUCAGCGCGUGCAGGGACAAGUACCCCCAGAAGGUCACGGAGCUCUACGCGGAGAUGCGACGGCUCGGGGUGGCGCCCGACGCCGGCACCUACAGCACCGUGAUCAGCGCCUGCGACCGGAGCGCCCAGACGGGCAGGGCCGCCCAGGUGUUCUCUUCCAUGAAGCAGCAGGGUGGCCAGUCCCAGAGCAACCUCGGCGCGUACAACGCGAUGAUCAAUGCGUGCGGGAGGGGGGACAAGACCCUGGACGACGCCCUGGCGCUGCUGAAGGAGAUGCAGACGACGGGCCCCGCGCCCGACGCUGUGACCUACUCCACGGUGAUGAAGCUCUGCGAGCGGGCCCGCCGGCCGGAAGACGCCCUCCAGGUGUUCGAUGCCAUGUGUAAGUCCGGAUGCACGGUGGACCGCAUCUGCUGCAACUGGGCCCUGUCCGCGUGCGAGCAGCUGCGGAACGUGGAGCGGGCCCUGGCCCUUUUCGACUACAUGAAGAAGUCGCUGGCCCUCGAGCCGGACGCGAGCACCUACGGCCUGCUCAUCAGCGCUUGCGGCAAGUGCAAGUGGGGCAACAAGGCGGCCGAGCUCUUCCAGGAGCUCCAGGACAACAAGCUGGUCCCGAACCGCUUCGUUUACAACGCCAUGAUCGGGGCCUGCGGCAACGUGAAGCGCAUCGGCAUGGCGCUCGACACGUUCAGGACGAUGAAGGAGGAGGGCGUCGCGCCCGACGCGAUCACUUUCAACUCCCUGAUCAGCGCGUGCGAGAAGCGCAUGUGGCCCGAGCGCGCGACAGAGCUUCUCAGGGAGAUGGAGGAGUCGGGGCCUGCGCCCGACGUCAAGGCCUACACCGCGCUGAUGAGCUGCUGGGCCAAGAGCAAGGAGCCGGAGAAGGCUCUCGACGUGUACCGGGAGAUGAUCGGCAAGGGCAUCGAGGCCAACGCCAUCACGUUCAGCACCUUGGCGUGGGCGUGCGAGAAGAGCGGGCAAACGUCCCUGGCGAAGGAGUUCAACCUGAAGGAGGUCGAGAGCCUGCACAGCUGCAGCGCCAAGGAGAUCCGCACCAUCCGCCAGCACAGCCACAAGAGACUUUCGGACGGCAGGUAG